AUGGGCCGGCUGCUGUACGAGCUCGACCACGUCGACGAGAAGACGCGGAUGUCGAACCAGCGCGAGAGCAGCAAGGCGGGGAAGAGCAGCUUCGGGUGGGCGUGGGAGAUGGACAACACGCAGGAGGAGCGGAGCCGGGGGAUCACGAUGGACAUCGCGCAAAAGGCGCUCGCGACGGCGCACCGGCAGGUGACGGUGCUCGACGCGCCGGGGCACAGGGACUUUAUCCCGAACAUGAUCUCGGGCGCGGCGCAGGCGGACUGCGCGCUGCUCGUCGUGGACGCGACGACGGGCGAGUUCGAGGCGGGCUUUGAGCGCGGCGGGCAGACGCGCGAGCACCUUGUGCUCGUGCGCAGUCUCGGUGUCGCGCAGGUUGUCGUUGCUGUGAACAAGCUCGACCAGGUUGGGUGGGCCCGUGCGCGGUACGAGGAGAUAUGCGCGCUGCUCCGCCCGUUUUUGGUGCAGUCUGGGUUUGCGCCGGCCAAGACGGCGUUUGUGCCCGUGGGCGCGAUCCUGGGCGUGAACCUUGUGGAUCGGGAGAGCGAGGAGGGGAAGGCGUUGUCGGUGUGGUACAAGGGACCUACGUUGGUGGAUUUGCUUGACAAGCUGGAGCCGCCCGCGCGAGACAUCAACUCGCCGUUACGGCUGCCUCUGUCCAAUGUUUUCAAGGGCCAAGGUAGCGGUGUCGGCGUCACGGGUCGGAUAUGCGGCGGCGUCGUGCAGGUGGGCGAGCGUGUUCGCGUGCUCCCCGGCGACGAGUCUGCGAUUGUGAGGACGAUUGACGUCGAGGAGAACUCUGUUCCGUGGGCUGCUGCAGGCGCGAACGUGACGAUGUACCUGACGAGCAUCGAUCCGAUCCAUCUCAAUGUGGGGAGUGUGCUCUGUCCGGCGAACGACGUUGUCCCGCUCGCGGUGACGUUCUCGGCGCGGAUAAUCGUGUUUGAUAUACAGCUGCCUAUCACGGCUGGCGCUUCCGUGGAGAUCUUUCAUCAUUCGCGAGAUGUGCCAGCUACCAUCUCAAAGCUGGUCGCAACACUGGACCGCGCGACUGGUGUCGUGGCCAAGAAGAAUCCACGUGUCCUCGCAAAAGGCGUCUCCGCCGAAGUCGAAAUCAGCCUGCGCGCUGGUACGCUUUCAGGGCCCACUGCGUCGACGAAGCCUAUGCCGCUCGAGACGUUCGCCGCAAACAAGGACAUGGGUCGUAUUCUCAUCCGGCGCGGAGGGGAGACGAUCAGUGCCGGUGAGCUGUCUGAUCGAUGUGCUUCUUCAUGUCUGACCGUUGGACAGGCAUCGUGCUUGACAUUCUUUCCUGAUUGCGUGAGACUUGGAGACUUUCAUACACGUUCGAUUCCAGAAACAAAAAGUGUUACAGCAAUGUUCCGCAAUGCAUGUGAACCGCGUAGUCUAGAGCGAGUAUAA